AGAGAGCUUGUAGAGCAGAAAGACUGUGUGGUGUGCUGAGCCUCUAACCACAUCAGACACCUCCCUGGGCGUGUGUAAUCUCAACUGCUUGUGAGGUCAAACUAUCAGUCAGCGUUUCGGAGCAUGUGCUAGAGCUUCUCAAUUAGCUGUCGUGAGCAUUUUCAACCACCAUAGGCUUCUUCCUGUGUUCUAAUUGCAUGGGGGCCAAAAACCACCAAAAUGUGUUGUUGAUCCAAUCAGCUGAAACAGUGUUUGUCAAUUAGGUCAGGAGCAAGAGACUGAACAUGAUGGCCUCAAUCCAGAGGAUUGUGUCAAUCCAGAGGUAAUGGAUUAGUUCCUUGUUGAGAGGUUACCUCUUCCUGUCUUGAGCAACUGGAUGGAGAGACUAUUGCAUAACGUUAUCGUAAGUUUACAAAGAGCAAGCAGUGGAAAAUAAAAGAGGACCUGAGUAAAAGACCAACCCACAGAGGCAUGAGCAAGAAAGCACCCUUUUGCGUUCAUACACACAAAUUUAGACACAUUAAUAGCAAGCAGAAAGUAUUAGGUUUUACAGGGACCUCAUCGCAUUUCCUGUGGUACAUACAUCAUCAGAUGCCAUUGGCAGGGGCCAUUUUCUGUCAGAUGUCAAGUAAUUGUAUUUGAAUGCAUAUAUAAAUGGGUCUUUAAAGUUAUGUUAACAAUGGUUAAUGGAUUUAAAUUGCAUUUGGGGCAACCGGACAUUUUGAUUAUUAAAUAGAACGAGAUUCAUGCAUUUUGAGGCUACUAGUAUUACUGACAUGAUUACCUGUUUAGUUUAGGCUAAGUUCAAUCAGUAGCUCACUCUGUCUACUAUUCAGUUUGACGGUGACUAAAUCCAACACUGUGUUCACUCACUGCUUCUAUAUUCUGGCUCAUCCUGAAAGGCAACAGUUGACACAUUCACUCCCUGCGUGUAACUGACAAACACCCCUCCCGAGCCCUCCUGACUGAGGCGUCCCACCUGUGUGUGAACAAAACUUCACCCUCACAAACGCCCACAGGUUCCCACCAUAAUCCCCCCACCCACAUCACAGAGGCAUUAGUCUAUCCUAUCAGCCGACCAUCCUCCGCAGCCCUAUGGGGAACAAGGCAGCCUUUCAGUCAGUGCCUCCAGCUGCACGCUCAGGGAUUCAGCCCCGCACACACUGCUCCCACUGUACACCAACGGCUAUCCACACAGAGGGAGAGAAAGGAGAAGAGAAAAGGGGGAGAUAGAAAGAGAGGGAAAGGUGGAAUGAAAGAAAAGUGAGGCCCUUUGAGAUGGAUGUGAGAAAUAGGAGAGGUGGUUUACAAUGAAGAUGGACAAGGUAAAAAUGCAGUUUAGCUCAGAAUUAUUUGACAGAGGUAAGACAAAGUUUGUAAGCACACCGUAGUUUCUGUUUGAAUAGGCAACCACGUGCCACCAUUUUGGUCUUUCUCUAAUGUGUCAUGCCAGUCCUCCCCUUCUCUCUUUCUCUCUCUUUGCUCUUUCUCUAGAACUCUCUCUCUCUCUCUCUUUCUCUCACGCACACGCACGCACACACAUGCAUACACUCAUUUGCACCCUCCCUCUCCAUUUCAACCAGGAGAUUUUGCACAGUCUGAUGACAGUUCCCCUUAUCUCUCUCAGCCAGCUCCUCUAUUUAAUAUGCUAUUUACUUAUUCUAACUAACUGCUUUGAUUAUUUUCACAACUUUCUUUUUCAUGGCUUGUCUGUCACCAUUUCCUCCGUAUCCUAAAACUUUAGAGAAACUGUUUGUGUGGAGGAUUUUUUCCCUCGGACAUUUUUUUGCACAUUUGACAAGCAGUCAAGAAAACUGAGGUGCAGAGGGCUUUGAUCGACUGACAGCUGUUGGUUUAGAGCUUUCAGUUUUGAAGUGGCUCAAUUUUGCACAGCUUGCCGCUCGUAGGGUUAGGCUUGCGGUGUGUUGUCUGUCCUGGGUUCACAGAAAGAGAGAGAGAGUGUCAGAAACGGGGGAAACAGACAUACAGCCAGAGAGAGAGAGGGAUUCCCCCAUGGAGCCAUAGAGACUUCAACAGAUGCUCCAGAGGGAUCACUACUCAAACACUGCUGAGAAGAGUGGAGUCUCACCAUGAUCCGCAAGGAGGCCAAGAGGAAGUCCCGUCAGGAGAGCGUGGCGGGGAAGAAGACCAGGCGCCCCGUACAGAGGAGGAUGACUUGCCCAAGCCCUCAGGAGAUACGGCAGGCCCUGCAGUCUCCCAUCCCCAACUCCUUCAUCCGGGCCGCAAGCCUGGAUGAGGUCAUCCAGCACUGCCUCCACUGUUUCGAUGCAGAGGGGAAACUGUGCAGAGCGACCCAAUUUGUCCAUAUGACGCUGAUGAUGCACAGCUGGGUGGUACCUUCGAGGACCUUUGCCCAUAAACUCCUUUCUCUCUAUAAAGACUGCCCUCUGGAGAAGAAAGGACUGAGACGGACACAGGUCUACCAUUUCAUCAGGCAGUGGAUCAGUAAGUUCCCAGUGGUUUUUGCAGAAGACCCACAGCUGAGGGAGCAGAUGGGAGACCUCUGGGAGCCGCUGAGGGCAGAGGGGAAGGACCCACCUUGCCAAGUCAUUGACACGUCUUACCUUAACUCUCCAGCAAACACACCCCAGGUGCCAUCUCCCUCUGUGAAAAAGAGAAAAGUCUCACUGCUCUUUGACCACAUGGAGCCAGAUGACAUGGCCAAACUCCUUACUGAACUGGAGUUCAGGAACUUCUGUAACGUCUCAUUUCUGGACUAUCGCAGUUAUGUGGUGCAUGGCUCCGUGCGGGACAACCCUGCUCUGGAGCGCUCAGUAAUGCUGUGUAACGGCGUCUCUCAGUGGGUGCAGCUUAUGAUCCUGAACAGACACACAGCACAGCAGAGAUCCCAAGUCUUCACAAAGUUCAUACAUGUGGCUCAGAAGCUGCGCUCUCUUCAGAAUUUCAACACUCUAAUGGCUGUAAUAGGGGGCCUCUGUCACAGCUCCAUAUCUCGCCUUAAAGACACUGCCAGCCUGCUCUCCUCAGAUGUGACCAAGGCUCUGAGUGAAAUGACUGAGCUCCUGUCAUCCAGCAGUAACUAUAGCAACUAUCGUCGCGUGUACAGCGAGUGCACAGGGUUCAAGGUGCCCAUCUUGGGAGUGCACCUGAAGGACUUGAUUUCAGUGAACGAGGCACUGCCAGACUACCUAGAGGAUGAUAAGAUCAAUCUGGGCAAACUACAGCAUCUGUACGACAAUAUCAGUGAGUUACUGGCAAUCCAUGAGUGGAAGAUUCCUUUCAUCCCCAACAAGGACCUUCUACCCCUACUAACAUUGUCCCUGGACCUGUAUUACACGGAAGAUGAGAUAUAUGAACUCUCCUAUGCGAAGGAGCCCAAAAACCCCAAGAUUCAGCCUGCUACUCCAGUGAAGCCUCCUGCAGUCGCAGAGUGGGGCUCAGGUACUCCCCCCAGGCUGGACCCAGACAGAAUCUCUAAACACGUCAAGCAGAUGGUGGAUUCCAUCAUGAAGAAUUACGACUUGAACAUGGAUGGCUACAUCUCCCGGGAGGACUUCAACAAAAUCGCUGGAAAUUUCCCAUUCACCUUCUGCAUGCAUGCGUCUGACAGGGAAGGAGAAAUCAGUCGACAGGAGAUCAUAUCCUAUUUCAUGAGAGGAAUGUCGGUGUGUGCGAAGCUGGGCUACAGCAUCCAGAACCUGCACAACUUCCAUGAGACGACCUACAAGAGGCCUACCUUCUGCGACACCUGUGGAGGCUUUCUUUGGGGAGUCAUCAAGCAAGGUUAUCACUGCAAAGACUGUGGAGUUAACUGUCACAAGCAAUGCAAGGCCCAAGUGAGCAUGGAGUGCCAGAAGAAGUUCCAGCGGUCAUCAGGAGGCUCUUGUCCAUCCACACCUGGCCCCAACAUAAGAACCAAGGGCCACAGUUGGAGUUCAGAAGACGAGGCUUUUGUUUUCCCCCAAGGAAAUGGCUCAGAGAACAGCAAGGGCCUAAAUGUUCUAGAGAGCCAGAGCCACUUGGACUACUCAGCCCUUUCGCAUCAGUGCACUCAGACUGACCCUGGGAUCUGGACUCCUGUAGAGGAGCGGAAAAAGAACCACAUGGGCAAACACUCCCCACCUUCUUCUAUAGGAAAGAGCUCUUCAUGGCGGGGCAACGCACUGGGGUCAUCACUGCCAGAGUCCUCGCUACGGGAGCAGAUGGCAGAGCUAAGACUUCAGAGGGACAAAAGCAGAGAACCUGACUGACUUGCCCUGAUUAGUGAGCUCACGAGUAACAAACUCAGCCACCUCUAAGUCAGGGCCAAAUUCACAAGCAAGGCCUUUUCUGUACACUGAGUACAUUUUCAACACUUAGAGUCUCAGUCCACCUUUUUUUUGCCACUGUAUAUAACUCCCUUUUAAGGGUAUUUAUUAACCUCGGUGCCUAAAAAUCACAAGUGACCAGGAAAGUUUGGAUGAUCUCCAAACUAAAAUGCAUUAAAUGUCCAUUUUGAAAUUGAAGUCAACCCCUUGAUCUGCAUGACUGAAGCAUGUCUUACAAAAGGAUGGCUUGUGUAUCAUACUUGGGUAUCAUACUCAAUUGGUAUACAAAUUGUAUAUACUACAAAUUCAAAUCAACAACACAAAUAUACAACAAGAUGCACACUAGAGUUUUGACAUGACAAAUCAUGCUGUACAUGAGGCACUUUUGAAUGAUGGACAUCUUUGAUGCUGUGAUUCAUGAAACCAAGCAACAUUUAAAAAUAAAUACAUAAAAACGCUU